UCCGAUAGCUUACCUCAAGACCGGAAGGAGAGAGAGUGAGAGAGAACUUCCUCCCCCAAACCCUAUAUUUUGCAGGCAGAUGAGAGAGAGGAGGAAGGGAUGGGGAUCUCGAGGAGGAGGAGGAGGAGGAGGAGGAGAUUUCAUGCGAGGGGGGUUGACAGAAGAGAGUGAGCACACAGCGGGGGAAAAUGGCAUGCGACGGUGCUGUUUCCGUUGCGUGCUCACUUCUCUUCCUGUCAGCCUUUUGUUGUUCCUUCCUUUUUUGAGCCAUGCCUGGAGAUGCGAUCCCGUUCCCCUUCCGUGCUUAUCCGUCGCCGAUCUCCUCUCGGGAGCUUCGUCUCGAUCCGUGCUUCGCUUCGCUUUGCUGUGCUGUCGGUCUUAUCUUAUCUGCCUGUCCGCCCGUCGGAUUUCUCCGGGCGAAGAGAGACCGAUGCUUGAUGUCGUUAAAUCUCUUGGCGUUGCGUGCCUAAAUGGCUUCUUUUCUUAAUUAUUUGCCUUUGUUCAAGAAAUUGUUGGUCAGAUUUUUCGGAUAAUUAAGGAAAUUGUGCAGGAGGAAGCGUGACUUUUGAGAAGGCAGGUGGGUUGGAGGGAGGGGACUGUCCGUCUCUGCGUGGGUUGGAUUCGAGCGAGCGAGAGAGAGAGAGAGAGAGAGAGAGAGGAGAGUACACUAGGCCUUUCAUUCAACAGAGUGUGCGGCCUUGACGGGAGCCACUGUUUGACACGUCCUGCCCUUCUUUCUCUUCUGUCUUCUUUGUUGUUUGCUUGCCCUUUUUUUCUCCCUCUUCCUUGUCUCCUUUUUUUUUUUUUUUGCCUGUUUUGGACAGGAUUUGGAGUAUUUCGGAAAGGAAGAUGGGAUGAAGCUGUAGGGAUUUGUGGAGGGAAGGUGAUCUCGAAGUUCAUCUCUACCGUCUUCCACGGUUGCUUCACCACGUCGGAGAAAGACCAUUACCUCGCCGCACUCAUCGGUCGUUGCUUUGCUGAGUUGAAGAAAGAUUCAUUACACGCCAUGAUCCGUUGACUGAUUCUUUUGAAACAAUGGAAGAAGAUGACUUUACUACUGCUUUCUUCGCUCUGGUGUGAAUGGUGGUGACGUUAAAGGAAGACUAAACAGAAGCACAUCCAGCGACCACAGGUUGGAGUUGACCACGGAACUCCGAUAAGUAAAUCUUGAUGUUGUCAUUUGCACGAAGAAACCUCUCCAUGGAAUAGUCUCCUGGAACUUCUCUAGAUGGAAAAUGAUUCAUGUCUUUGAAUUUAUCAUUGUAUAACCAUAGCUUGAGUCUCUAGGGCCAUGGAUUUCUUGACACUCAAGGUGCAUGGAUUGAGUUGUCCACUGGGUCAUGCAGGAUAUGAGAAAGGCAUCAAGGGAGUAAACUUACAGAUAUAGUGCUGUCAAGUAUCAGCUUGAAGAACAAGGGAAGUAUCAGAAAUCCAUCCCAGAUACGGAGAUAGCGCAAUAACAAAAUUCUCUUUCUACAUGGUUCUGCAGAUUGUCAAAAUUUUCUCCGGUUGGUGGCUUGGAACUUUUGAAUUCACAAUCUAGCAUGGAUGGAAACAUGGAACUAUACAUUGAUUUUGAAUUGUUGCAGCAGCGGACGGUAGAGAGUUCAACUGCUCUAUCGACGAGAAUACCGAUCGCACAGCCAUCAACUCUGGUCCUCAAAGUGUCGUGUGUGAGAAGGCCAAGCUUAGGCUGCGCAAGCACGGAGGUACGUACGUUUGGGAUGUCGGUGGCGUCGGGCUCAGAACUUUUAUGGUGCGUUUGAUGUUUGCGAAGCGGGCGGCGGAGCGGUGGAAGCUACGUUACGGUGCUCACGAGGGCGGGAAACACUGUUUGCUGUUUGGCUUUCGUACACCUUAGUACAACUCCGGUACGUCCCUUUCCUUGUGGUUGGGUCUCGCUCCACAGGAAGAUAUCAACACAUCACCAUUCAACACCCUGUGUUCUUGCUGAAUGCAUUAGAUGUUCAUGUAGCAGGUAGGAUUGUAAUGUUUGUAUGAUUGUGUGUUGGUGCUGCUUGCAAGGAUUACUUCACUUCUGGUAUUUGUGUGGAUCAUGGAUCGGUUGUAAUAACGCAACCGGUAGACUUGGAUUGUCUUGGUUCUAUUACAUUGCCAAGUGAUUAGAAUCCAACGACGGCACUGUUUGGAUUUGGGUGUCUCAGAUUUCCCCCAAACACAUGCUUUGAGCUUCUAAGGACAAAAGGCUGCAGCUGCGCCCGUGUUGUCCUUGUCGUCUUUGCAUAAGCCUCCAUGUCGAGACAACCAUGAGCUCCCACGCUCUGCCCAAAAGAACAAAAAAGCUCCAUUUUUUCCGAGCUCAGAGGCGCCAGCGGAGGCUUGGGACCUCGAGGUGCUUCAAAGAUGGAGUUUCUUUGAUGUCUAAAGGUUGCCACUUCGUCGUCCUAAGAAGGUGUGCCUCCUUUUGAGUUAGCAGAGAGAGUUUGGAGGCAAGGAGGAAGGAAGAGGAAAAGCCAAAUUCUUCUCUCAGCCUUUCCCGCCGAUGGGCACCGGCGUCUUUGCCUUCUCCUUGAUCAUUUCUCUGCUGCUGAGGUGCUUGGCCUCGCAGCAUCCGAACAACACGGAUGCCUUCGUCGUCUCUGAUUUCUUCCGGAAGAUGAAGGUGGCGCCUUCCUCUGCCGAAGGCAGUUCUUCCCGAGUCUGUUCAUGGCGAGGCGUCUCCUGCGACGGCCAGGAGAGGGUCGUCAGCUUGGUGGCUUCCGGCUUCGGCUUCUCCGGUCCUAUCCCUGAAUCCACCAUCGGUAAGCUCAGCGAGCUCCGGGUCUUGGAUCUCAGCCACAACAACAUCACCGGGCUGUCUUUGGACUUCGCGGAACCGGGUAGCUCGCUCAGGAGCCUCAACCUCUCCUGGAACAAGAUCACGGGGCCGCUUCCGAGCAACCUCGGCAACUUCAAGCUCAUGGAAAGCCUCGACCUCUCGCACAACUGGUUCACCCGCGAGAUCCCGUCGCAGGUGGGCUCGCUGUCGAGCUUGGUGGUCCUCAAUCUCAGCAGAAACUUAUUGGAGGCGAGCAUUCCCGUUGCGAUUCUUGGAUGCACCUCUCUGGUCGCGAUCGAUCUUUCUCACAAUCGAUUAAGCGGGAGUUUGCCUGGUGGAUUUGGUGUUGCCUUCAAGAACCUAAGCACUCUGGAUCUUUCCGAAAACGAGAUCAGUGGGAAGAUGCCGGAUUUAUCCAGGUUGGAUUCGAUCACCUAUCUCAAUCUUUCGGGCAAUCUUUUGCAAGAACUGGCCCUCGGAGUGUUCCGGGAUCCACUGCAGGUGAUGGACCUGAGCCGCAACCAGUUUCAUGGCCUCAUCUCUCAGGUACAUCACAGCUCCGUCUCCAGUUGGUCUUCUCUGGUUUAUCUUGACAUGUCGAUGAACGAACUCACCGGGUACUUCUUCCCUGGUCUGGAGGACUUGAGUUCACUAAGGCAUCUUAAUCUCGCAUUUAACAAGUUCUCUAGCCAGGAGUUUCAUCUCCUAGAAAUGCCAUCUUCUCUGGAGUACUUGAACUUGUCGAAAGCCAAUCUCACCGGCCAAAUUCCGCCUCGGAUCUCUCGGUUGCUUAACAUGAAGGUAUUGGACCUUUCCCGGAAUCAUAUUACUGGCAACAUACCUGAGCUAAGCACCAAGAACCUGCAAGGGAUAGAUCUUUCGCUGAACAAUCUCACAGGCGAAAUCCCAAAGUCCUUGCAAAAGAAGCUACCCGUGAUGGAAAAUUUCAACUUCUCCUACAACAACCUUACUUAUUGUGGUAUGAAAUUUUCACCUGAAACACUGGAAUCAUCAUUCAUCGGGUCACAGAGUGACUGCCCCAUUGCAGUUAACCCGGAUGGUAUUGGAUCUGUGGAUAACAAACACAAGGAUCUCAAGUUAGGAUUGGCUUUGGCUUUGUCACUGUUCUUUUUGUUAGCAGGGUUGAUCAGCCUCGCCCUGGCUCUUCGAAAGAGGACGCCAUCGUGGACAGUCAAGCAACCGUCAUACCGGGAGGAACAGAACAUUUCUGGCCCCUUCUACUUUCAGACGGAUUCGACAACUUGGGUUGCCGACGUCAAGCUUGCUACCUCUGUCCCUGUUGUCAUCUUCGAGAAGCCGUUACUGAACUUUACCUUUGCUGACCUCUUGAGUGCGACAUCCGAUUUCGACAAAGGAACCUUGUUGGCUGAAGGAAGGUAUGGACCUGUCUACCGAGGAUUUCUACCUGGAGGCAUUCAUGUAGCCAUGAAGGUUUUGGUUCAUGGAUCAAUGGUGACAGAUCAGGAAGCUGCGAAAGAGCUCGAGCGACUUGGUCAGAUCAAACACCCCAAUUUAGUGUCCUUAACCGGUUACUGUUUGGCUGGGGAUCAAAGGAUUGCUAUAUAUGAUUACAUGGAGAACGGAAACCUACAGAAUCUACUCCAUGAUUUACCACUGGGCCUGCAAUCGACCGAAGAUUGGACCAGUGAUACAUGGGAACAAGAUAAUGCUGUCAUACAGAGUAUUACCACUGAAGGAAUGACAACUUGGAGAUUCAGACACAAAAUUGCAAUAGGUGCUGCAAGGGCAUUGGCAUUUCUUCACCAUGGAUGUUUCCCUCCAAUAGUUCACAGAGAUGUGAAGGCAAGUAGCAUUUAUAUUGAUUCGGCGAUGGAGUCUAGGUUAGCUGACUUUGGAUUAUCAAGUAUAGUGGGGAAUAGCAUGGAGGGUGAUAUUUCGCGAGGAUCACCGGGUUACACUCCUCCAGAAUUCUCUGAGUUAGAAAACAUGUUGGCAACUACAAAAACCGAUGUUUAUGGAUUUGGGGUUGUGCUGUUCGAGCUUAUUACAGGGAAGAAACCGAUCGGAGAUGAAUACUCCGAAGACAAGGAGAUUACUUUGGUCCAUUGGGCAAGGGAUCUGGUGAGGAGAAAUGAGUACUCGAGAUUGAUUGAUCCAAAGAUUCGUGAAACAGGACCAGAGAAACAAAUGGAGGAAGCACUAAGAAUUGCUUAUCUAUGUACAGCCGACUUGCCACCGAAGAGGCCAUCCAUGCACCAGAUUGUUGGUCUCCUCAAGGAUAUCGAACCUGUCACUAUUAUGCAUUGAAUCGUAGAAUUCAGUUCAGGUGUAUACUGGUCUCGAGCUAAUUCUUGGCCAAUAUGGUUCACAGUACAUCAUGACAACGUAGUACGAUGGAAAUGCUCAGGUCAUAUUCUCUUAACUUCUUAUAACUUGGUUUCUCUCUAAAACCAUAAAAGUAGCUUCUGUGCCUGCCUUCAAAAUUUGUAGCAGAGCAACUUGCAGAGUUGCUGUAUUAUCCUUUGUAUCUUUUGUCAAUGAAACACUGCUGUUUUAAUGUCAAGUGUGAGCUGCUGACUAUUAAUCUUGA